AAAAAAGCAGGAAAAAAGCAGGAUAUUUUGCAAUAAAUGAGGAAAAACUGCCUUGGACAUUUUGAGAAUAAGAAAAAAUAUAAAAAAUUAUUGAGGGAACUGAAUAAACUUUUAUCUAAAUAUAGCAUUUCAGAUCCUAUUAGACUUGAGGAGUUUUCUAUUGAUCAUAUGAUUCGAUUAUAUGAAGCACUUUAUGAUACGGAAUUUCCAUUUACUAAUAAAAAAAAUGAUUCAAAAAAAACACAAAUUAAAUACUUAAAGUUUCUUCUUGGAACGAUUUCACAUGAGUCUUUAAGAAUAGAUCUUAGUUAUAUUGAUCCUGUUUUAGUAAUUAAGCAUGAUAUAAAAUCUAUUAUGAAUAUUGUUGAAGUGCUUGUAAUAAUAGGCCAUUUGCAACGUUUAAAAGAGAAAAUUACCACAAGACAAGAAGUAAAUGUUGAGAAAGAAUCUGAGGAAGGAAGUGAUUCAUUUGUUUCAGAUGAAAUAUUGAAAUGUGAGGAAGAAGCUGAUUAUUUAGAAAAUAAUGAAGCAUCUAUUUGUAGUUCUUUAAAAGAUUCACAAGAUAUAGUUCAUACGCCGAAUUCUUUAGUUUCAUCUGAAUCUGUUUCUGUUAUGUCUUAUUUUACUAAUCGAGCAAAUAAGGUAUUUAAUAGAAUCCGUUCUUUAAAUCUAGAUGCAACACAACCUACAUGUGUCAAUGAAGCAUCUAAAAAGAAUUUAGUGGAAAAUAAAAACAUAAAGGAUGAAAGGAAGCAAGCAGUAAUUAAGAAUACAAAUCUUUGUGGAAAAAAUAAAAUUGAUAAAAUAUCUAAACAUUGUCGAUCUAUUGGAACACAAACAUUAUUGCCUUAUUUUUCUGAGACACCAAAUUCUCAAAUUUCGCCAUUAUCGUCAUCACCAAAUGCAUCAUAUCAAUGUUCUUCCAAGAUAAGGACAUGUUCUAUAAAAAAAAUGAUGCAAAAAGUUUCAUUAAAUACAUGGGAAUCUCAAAGCUCCGAAGAUGAAUCAUUAGAGUCUGAUCUUUUUAGAAAAGAAAAUAUAAAAACAUCUAUAAAUAAAAAAAUAGAAGACAUAGCUGAUUUUCAAUCAAAUUUUCAACAAGAAUCUCUAAAAAGAAACGAUUAUUAUGAUCAAACUUUGAAAGAUAAAAUUAAAAUAAUGCCAAAUAAUGGAGAGAAUGCGCAUUAUCAUCUUCUUCAUACUUCACAUAAAGUUACACCUUUACGUUUUAGGCAAAAUAUAUCUCAAGAAUCUUCACCUAAUAGUGAUACUACAAAUAUAGAAUUUUUCAAGCAGAAAUUUCGCAAUGGAAUAUUAGGAACAGAUUCGCCAUAUACAUUGUAUUUACGAAAACGAAGAAAAAAUGCUUUAAAUGCAUUAUAUGCACAACGUUCUCAUUUAGAGCAAAAUUUAAAAUUAUCUAUAAAAGAAAAUAGAAAAAUACCUGCUAAACAUUCAAAAAUAAAAGCCAAAAAUAUUCCUUAUCAAAAAUUAUAUAAUCGACCUUUAAGUGAUAUUUCAUUUUAUUCUCCAUCAGAGCUUAAAUCUCAAACAUCUUUUUUUUCUAAUUAUGAAAAUUCUAUUACGGGUCUUGAAAAACAGCUUCUAUCUACUAAAAAACUUUAUUUUUAA